UAUGUAGAAUUUAACGGUCAAACUCACAAAAUUGUCUAAAAUAUUGUUGUUUAAUUGCCUAGUUAAUUAAAACUCAUCAUUAAAUUAAUACAUUUAUAAAAGAAAAAAAUUUAUUGCAUCAACUCUUAAAUUAAUCGUCAAAAAGGAUCAAUUAAGAGUUUACUUAAAAUGAGUGCAAAAAGAAUAUGUGUUGAGAAAGAUCAACAAACUCCUGAUGAUGGUGACAAGGAUCAAAGAGUUGUCAUCAAUUUACUGGAUUGUGACUCAUUAGCAAAGAUCUUCAUGCUGCUACCAAUACCAGAAAGGAUAGAUAUGGAAGAAGUUUGUGCCAAAUGGAAAGAGGCAUGCCAGCUAGCUUGGUAUGACAUUAAAAAAUACAAAUGUGAAUCAUCAAUUGGACGUUCUUAUGAUAAUCGUUUGUUGACACAAUCAUACCUCGAGAAAAUAUUAUUAAGAUGUGGUAUAUAUUUAAAAGAAUUGUCUUUCUCAGAUGCUUGCAAUUCAAAUAUUAUGCCAUUUGUUGGUGAUCACUGUAAAAAUUUAACAAGUCUUGAAUGUGAAUUUAACGUCGAUUCAUUAACUCAUAAUGCUGAUCACUUUGUUCAAGCAUUUACACAGUUGAAUAAAUUAAAAUUCAUUAAAAUAAUACUGGAACAUGAAAGCCAAGAUCAAACAGUUAAUUUACUUGAAAUAAUUAAUAGUUUUCCAAAAGAAAUGAAUGAAAUUCAUUUAUUACGAAAAUUUCUGUCGAUUUACAAAUUAACAGUUUCUAUGACUUUGAAAAAAUUUAAAAAUCUUCAAAAAAUGACAUUACGUGGCCUCUUUUUAGACGACAUAAUUCUCCAAGAAAUAGCAGAAAAAACUACACUUGUUUAUCUCGACAUUCGACUAUAUGAAAUAGCCGAAGGGUUUUGUCUAUUUAAUAAACUCGUUAAUUUGGAAUAUAUUGACCUAACGAUGGGCAGGACUACAAGUAUAUGUAUAGUUACAAAAAACCUCUAUACAAAAGUAAUCAAUACUAUUUUUUGUGCAUGCAAAAAACUAAAACAUCUUGAUAUUCCAUAUGGUUUAUAUGAUGUAAAUAAAAUUCCUUCCAAAAAUUGGAUAAACUUUCAAAACUUGGAAUAUCUUGGUUUUUAUUGUAAUAUAACGCCUGACUUAGCAAAUACAAUUGUUAAAUAUUGCAAGAAUUUGAAACAUUUGAGGAUACAUAAUCCUCAUCGCAUUAUGAAUGAUACUGCUUUAAAAAAGUUAACAGAGUUGGAAAAUCUUGAAUGUUUACUACUGGUUGGUGACGUUAAGAUCACUGAGGAAUCAAUAAUCGCAAUUUCAAACAAUUGUAAAAAACUUAAACGUUUAGAAAUGCCUCAUUUUAUUAUAGUACCAUCUAUUGUCGGUGAUCCACUUUCUUCUCCAUCUGUUCUUGAUGAGUUAUCAAAAUUACAAUAUCUUGAACACCUAAACUUGAGUAUAGCAAAAAAUAUUGAAGAUAGUACAGUUAUUGCUAUUACUAAUAAUUGUAAAAACCUAAAAAGUUUAGACAUUGGAGGUUGCACUGCUGUUACUGAAACAGCUCUCGUUGCUUUAACAAACUUGGAAAAUUUACAAAAACUAAACAUAGGCUUCCUUGAUAUUUCAGACAGUUUCAUUAUAAAAUUAAAAGGAUUAAAAAAAUUGAAUUGUUUGGAUUGCAAGAAACUUACUGAUGCUGGUAUCAUUCAACUUAUAAAAAAUAACCCAGAUCUUGAAGAUAUUGGUCUCUCUUAUGUAGAUAAUAUUACAAUUAACACGGUUAUUGCUGCUAAUCAAGCAACCAAAAAUCGUACAAAUGGCGUCAUUUUAUACUUAAAUAUCUUCAAUCCGUCAAUAACGGAAGCUUCUAAGUCAAUCAUUAAAUCUCAAUGGUUGGUUGUUAAAUAGAUUUAAUUAUAUUUAUCUUGUUUUUUAUGUUACUUGGAAUUAUCAGAAUUUAAGUGACGUUGUUCAUAUUUUUAUAAAACAAAGUUAUAUACUUUCUCAAAUAAUUAUUGCGUAUGGAACGAUUAUUUUUAGCUUCAAUCGUACAUAUGUCAUUACAGAUUUUAUGAUAAAUCAAGUGGCUUAAAUAAUAAUUUUAUAUUUUUUUAAUAAACGUGCCAGUUAUUGUUGAUACUUACAAAUUUGUAAGUAAAGUAAAUUCUGGAACAUGACAAUUGCAUUUAAUUGACAACAUAUUCUUUUAAUUAAUUAUCAUGUACAAAAAUAAAUUGAUUGAUUACUCACCUAAUACAAAUAUUUCUAAAAUUUUGUCGAAAAUAAAAAACAAAUAUUAUAUUUAAAAAAUAUAAAA